GUCAUCCUCAGAGUCCAGACAGGCCCGCUCACGGGCGCGCGCAGGGGUAGAAGGUUGCGGGGAGCGCGCAGUGUUGUGCUGCGCAGAGCCGGAGCGGCGGAAGGAUGGAGGAAGAUAUACUGACCACCCUCAAGAUCCUCAUCAUUGGGGAGAGUGGGGUGGGCAAGUCCAGCCUUCUACUGAGAUUUACAGAUGACACUUUUGAUCCAGAGCUUGCUGCUACUAUUGGUGUUGAUUUUAAGGUGAAAACCAUUUCAGUUGAUGGCAAUAAAGCAAAGCUGGCGAUCUGGGACACUGCAGGACAAGAACGUUUCCGAACCCUGACGCCUAGUUAUUACAGGGGUGCACAAGGUGUUAUAUUGGUUUAUGAUGUCACGAGACGGGACACAUUUGCAAAGCUGGAUAACUGGUUAAAUGAGCUGGAGACAUAUUGCACAAGAAAUGACAUCGUGAAAAUGUUAGUUGGAAACAAGAUAGACAAAGAGAACCGAGAAGUUGACAGGAACGAAGGUCUCAAGUUUGCACGAAAACAUUCAAUGUUGUUUAUAGAGGCCAGCGCAAAGACCAGAGACGGAGUACAGUGUGCCUUUGAGGAACUUGUUGAAAAGAUAAUUCAGACUCCUGGACUUUGGGAAAGCGAGUCCCACAACAGAGGUGUCAGAUUAUCAGAUGAAGCUGGUGGUCGGGGAGGAACAUGCGGCGGAUACUGCUCCAUGCUGUAAACUAGUUGUACUUUCUAUUUAAUCCCAAUCUAGUGCUACUGGUUUCCUGUGUAUAUAUAUCAAUUCAUGUAUGGCUAAUCUAGGGACCUUUCCAGUUUGCACAUAUUUGUUUGUAUCAUAAGGCAGAUAUUUGUAGACUAUUGUCCAGCAGGUUUGCAGUCCAACAACGCAUGAAACUUUUUGACUUCUUUUUUUUCAUUGGCCAGUUGCAUUAGCCAGUCCAUUAACCGCAGUGUCACCUGUUUAAUGUACUUUUUAACACUUUCAUACAAUACUACAUCAUUUUGAACUUUG